AUGGGCUGCAAUUUGUGCACCUUGCAGAAAAGGGAAGAACACUACAAACUGCUGUAUGAGAUUGCACAGGUGAACGGGCGCAACUUCUCCAAGGUGGACCAUGAGGAGGCAGUGGUGGAGGCCAUCAGGCGAGACCCCAUCGUUGUCCAGGUUCUCCGACGAACCCCCACCAGAGCGACGGCUGCCGUUGCACAUAACCAUGGUGGCGCGUCACAAGAUGUGUGUGUGGUGGAUGUUUGCACACAAACGGACAUCACCUUCGAGCACAUCAUGGCGCUGGCGAAGCUUCGGCCGGCUACUCCUCCGGUCCCUGACAUAUGUCCCUUCCUAUUGUCUGACAGUUGUCAUUCCAUCCACACCAUGGAGCAUGAGUUUUAUGAAUGUCCAGAGUACCUGUCCAAUAUCCCAGCAGAAGUGGAGAGGACUGAAGAGUAUGAGUAUGAGGAGGUGGAGCUGUGCAGGCGGAACAGCCUGGAGAAGCUUGGCUUGACGCUGUGCUACAGGACCGACGAUGAGGAGGACAGCGGCAUCUAUGUCAGCCAGGUGGAGCCAAAUAGCAUUGCAGCAAGAGAUGGACGCAUCAAGGAAGGAGAUCGUAUUCUACAGAUAAAUGGCUGUGAAGUGCAAGACAGAGAGAAAGCCGUUGCCCUGUUGUCAAGUGAAGAAGCAAGAAGCAUUAUACUAUUGGUGACAAGACCAGAAAUCCAGCUUGAGGAGGAGGUAUGGCUGGAUGAUGAGCAACAGGCGCUUGUGGAGGAGCUGAAGAUGGAAAUCCUUGAGGAGAGGAGGAAGCAGAAGGAGCGUAACUUUGACAGGGGAGAUGAGUAUCUAGCUGAAGAAGAGAUGACAACGGACACAGCCACGUGUUCCUCCAACAAUCAAGACAAAGACAGUGGGUUUGGUCACAGUACAGACAGUCCAGAUCACCAACCACUGUUGGCUAAACUACAAAGGAGGAGCCCAGCCCAUUGCCUGCGGGAGCGAUGGCGGGCAGAGCAUCCGCACACAAGACGAGGGAAUGUAGUGCCACAGGACACCCAGGGUCCGAGGACAUUGUCCAAAGGUCAAGGCCAUGAAGGGGUAAUCAGUAUUCGCAAUGGUGGAGGAGGGGUCCUAGGUUUAGAGAACCGCUUUCAGCAACUUCUAGAGCUCAAGUGUCAAAUCCGAAAUGGAGGCGAGUGUGGGGUGUACUCCAUUCGACACAGUAUAGAGUGUAGUGUCACUGAGCAAGGAAUGGAUGGAGAUGAUGUAGAUGGUGUUGGAGGAGGGAAGGGAGUAGAGCAGGAGUUGAGGAUGCUAAAUGAUGAACUGCGCAGCAUUGAGCUUGAGUGCCAGAGCAUCAUGCAGGCGCAUCAGCUCCGCCAGGCCCACCAGCUGGACCCCUCACAACCCUCGCCCUGCUCACCAGGACGAAGCCCCAAAGACGGACACAUGCGACAAGGCAGGCUGGCUGACAUCCAUGAAUAUCCCGAGCGGUCGGACAGCGACCGGAUUCGGGAAAAGGACAGCUCCAGUGCCUACAACACAGCGGAGAGUGCGCGGUCGACACCGCUAGGAAUGGAGAGAUCUCCUGAUCAUUCUCUGAGUAGACACAUCAGCAUCACCAACCAGAAAAACCUCAGACUGGCUUCCUCCACACCCUCCAGCCCAAUCCCUAUCCCCAAACCCCAGGGAACACCCAGUCUUAGCCGACCAGCAGAUCCAGGCCCUGUUAUCUCGAGCAGCCCCGACCAGAGCAACCCUUCCCGGUCUGAGUCAGACCCUGCCAUGCCUGCGGACGACGAGAGAUGUGAGAAGAAAGGAAGGAAAAGAGAUUCCAGGAGGGGGCUUCCCUAUGGUUCUUAUCAGACAACCCCCUAUCAAGGCCAGGGAGGAUCCAGGCAACUUCAGAGCUACAUGCAGCUUCUACAACAGCACUCAUCCCUGGAGUAUUCCCAGAGUCAGCUGAGUCUGUUAAGUGUCUGUCGAGAUCCCAUUCGGACCGGGCGCCCUGGGGAACCCCGUCUAGAGUGGAAGGUCAAAGUUCGGGCAGACGGCACGCGCUACGUGGCCCGGAGGCCUGCUCGCGACCGCAUUUUGAGGGAGCGGGCGCUAAGGAUCAGAGAAGAGAGAAGCGGAGGCAUGACCACAGAUGACGAUGCUAUGAGCGAGAUGAAGAUGGGCCGCUACUGGAGUAAAGAGGAGAGGAAGCAGCACUUGGCGCGGGCCAGGGAGCAAAGAAAGAGGAGGGAGUUCAUGCAAAAGAGCCGCCUUGAGUGUCUAAAGGAGGGGCCAGGCAGUGGAGCUGAGGGCAGGAAGGAGGUCAAUAUCUUGGAGCUCAGUCACAAAAAGAUGAUGAAGAAACGAAACAAAAAGAUCCUGGAUAACUGGAUGACCAUCCAGGAGCUGAUGAGCCAUGGGGCUAGAAUCCCAGAGGGCUCCAAAGUACAUAAUGCUUUCCUAUCUGUCACAACUGUCUAG